GUCGGAUGUUUUCAUGGAAUGGAAGGCUUUCCCUGGCUGUUGUAGUUUCUCCCCACACAAUCAGAUCCCGUCUGAUUCUGUCGCUACAAUAGGUGAGAGUAUUUUCUUCUGUAACUAUGUUACUGACAGGCCUGGUUGUGAUUCUAUUGUCCCAAGUUAACAUCAGUCACAUCAGCUAGGUCGAGCUGUCAACGAGAUUAAAGACCAUUUACAUGUUCACGCGUAUUUACAUGAUGUCACCCUCUUUUCUCUAAACAGGACGAUAUAACUUCAAAAUAAGUGGAAUAUAUGGGAUCACAAGGUAAUAUUUGAAUGUUUGACGAAGUAAUUCAGAAAUGAGCGCCACAAAGGUCUGAUUCAUCAAUGAUGUGUGUGGGAUAGCGACGGGCGGCGAGGAGAGGAGAGCUUCCUUUGUUUGUACACUGAGAGCAAGAACAGCUGAUCGCUGUGCUGCAAUUCCGCGACCGCCUGUUGGCUUUGCCUUUUUCCUGCAGCUAUAACAAAAUGCGACAGCAUGUCUUAUGGUCAUGCAAUGACAACAAAUGCGAUUCACCUGAUUUUGCCUACCAGUUUCACACUCACAUGCCAGAAUGACAUCGACUGACACGUGAGAGGAUUAUUAAAUAUACCCCCCCCCCCUCCUCUGUGUACUUGUGGCUUUGUUCACGCUUUUACUCAGCUGACAUUGUGGAAUGAUGACGGAAGUGCAACAGUAGCCUGUAGGUGUACACGCUGCGUUUAAUCACCCAGUUUCGCUUGCUGUACUUUUUGACAGCGUAGAAAGGGGAGUGGAACGUUUUCGUUGGGUUGUUUGUCAUCGGAGGAGAUGAGUGUGCGAGCGGGCCAGGGCAGUGACGAGGUCCUGGUGUCGCAGGCGGUGUGGGACUACCUGGCGGCCGCCGGCCGGCGAUGGCUGCUGGACUUCGAGGAGAAGCAGGGCCUGAGCGUGGCCAUGGUGCGGAGAGGGGAGCGCGGGGGCUGUUGUGCUGUCAGACUGCAGCCCUUAGCGGAGGGCAGUAGUGGCAGCAGCAACAGCAGCCACCGGGGAAGAGCUGCCAGGGGAGUGGAGCAGGGAGCCGUCAUCUCACCAGCCACACGCAAGGCCUUCAUUGACCUGUGCCGCAGCGCCCGCAAGGAGAUGACCAAGGCGGAGGGUGCCCAGAAGCGCAAGCGCUCUCUGCUGCCGUGUGUGGGAGGGCUGGAGCUGGAGCCUGGGGAGGGUACCCUGCUCUCCUCUCCCCCUCCUCCCCCUACACCUCCCCCGCCUGGGCCGCCCCUGUCCCGACGCUCCCAGAGGCAGCAACAGCAACGCUCCAGGAGGAGUGGGGACGUGGUGGCCUGUUUAGGGUGCCUGGGACCUCACGAAGCCCCAACACCAGCACCAACCGUACCAACACCACACCCUCAUCACCCUCACCCGCACCCCCACCCCAGGACAGAAGUCCAGGUCCGGGCCGAGCUAGUAGCCAGCCGCAUGGUUGGUGCUCCAACAGCUGCGUUGGGCAUUGGUGGGAGCAAGGAAGAGAUGUCCACCACAGCCACCAUCAACUCCAUCACCACCUCGAGCUCCACCACACCCAGCAUCUGCAGCGGCAUCAGCAGCAGCAGCUGCCCCAUCUGCAUGGGAGAGAUGGUGGAUAGGACCACGCUAGAGAGGUGUGGCCACACAUUCUGCCGUGUGUGCCUGGAGCAGGCGUUCCUGGUGAAGCGUGCCUGCCCCGUGUGCCGCCUGGUAUACGGGCAGCUGAUCGGCAACCAGCCCGCCAACGGCACCAUGAUGGUGGAGAGAGACCCGGACGCGGAGUUACCAGGACACGAGGGAUACGGCUGCAUAUGCAUCGUGUACAGCUUCCCCCCUGGACUGCAGGCGGAGGAGCACCCCAACCCAGGAGUGCGGUACCCGGGUACGGAUCGUGUGGCCUACCUGCCCGACAGCCCCGAGGGGAACCGCGUGCUGGGCCUGCUGCGCCGCGCCUUCGAGCAACGCCUCAUCUUCACUGUGGGAACCUCCAUGACCACAGGCAUGCACAACGUCAUCACGUGGAACGACAUCCACCACAAGACCUCCAUAUGGGGCGGCCCGCGCUGCUUUGGCUACCCUGACCCCACAUACCUGGUUCGAGUGACCGAGGAGCUGAGAGAGAAGGGGAUCACAGCUGACUGACAGGUCUACAUUUUUGGAGUACAAGCAAACAAAUAAUGAAACGUUCUGAGGAGUCAGGGGUGUUUGUGGGGCCGCUAGUUCUUGUUCUGUUCCAGGUCGACCACAAUGAGCCCCCAACUGUGGCGGGGUUUAGUCCAGCACGGGACACGGCCUGCUUUUGAUCCUCAGAAGAUAUUAAAGUAUGCACAUCCCACCUCGCUGAGCCCAGGUGCAGGACAAAGGCAUAUCUGACAAUAGAAAAGGUAGAAGUCCGCACACUGCAGCUCCGCAUUCAAGGUUUAUUCAAGACAUACGUUUUGACCUAGCAGGGUCUUCAUCAGACAUGUGCAGUGUGCAGACUUCUACUGUUUCUACUGCUUGUGAUCUUCUGUUUCUGUUUCUGUCUCAUGGCCUGGUCAGAUGUCAUGAUGCCACUCAUGGUCUGAUGUCACCAUGGCUUCAAUGCAAACCACACAUUUCUCCAGCGCCAUGAAGGUGAAAGAUUGGGGACGGGAUGAGAAGCUCACGCCUCUAGUCCACAUAUUGACAUGGGGUUUCCAUCAACAGCCAUCUAUGGCACCAGUUCCAUAAUAACAAGGUGCUGUUUUAUAUCUCCAGUCUCGCAAUUAAGAAACUGUGUAAAUGUGAGGCCCUAGGAUCUGGCAGCAUCACAUGAUCACCGACAAUCGUGAAGAAGGACAAAAAAGUCUUGAAAAAGAAAAAAGAAAGUUGUCUGACCCUGCCACUAGACAAAUGUUUGGUCCCUCUGACUUGUGUUCUUACCAGCUAUUUGAGUGAUGUCAUAACAAGUCUACAUGCAAUCUGGUGGUAUGUCACUUCCAAAAUUGACUAUAUUGCAGACUGCUUUGAACAGUUUGAAUCCAUGUUGUUUUCAGAAGCUGCUUUCAGACGUUGCACCCUGAAUUUUUGUGAUGUUUUCCUGGAUUUCCUAACUGUUCCCCAAUUCUCUCUCUGGUGUUCCUCCUACCACUAUAGCUGAUGUGGAGUUCUAGUGAAGUUCUAUUCAUAAGAUUAUAAAUAUAGCAAGUUUAUCCCAUAUCAUAACCACAUAAAAACUACUCAAAGAACCUAUAAAACCCCAAAGAUAGUUAGCACACAAGGCUGAUUGAUGACACAUCUGAGUGUUUCUGACUAUUAGGGCAGCAGAUGGCUAAAUUGGAAUGGAGGUGACUGGGGUUCCCAGUAUUCUGCCUAGAAAGCUAAGCCUGCACAUCCCUCAUCCCAGGAGGCAAUGGCAAUAUUAUGGUCGUUUUUUAGACUGAUAAGAAGGGGUCUGUUAUUGAAAGGGUCCCUUUCUGCCUUCCAAGUAUGAAUGAUCAGCCCUGAUUUUAUUUUGUUUUGCCGAAAUUCAGAGUACAGGUCUGAAAGCAGCUUAAAGAUUGUGAAGAUUUUGUUUUGCACUUUUACGCUAAUGCAAAGGUCUCUGCGCCAUCAGAGGUGCAUGUUAAGGACCUUCUUACUUUAAACAUACAAAAGUAGUUGGUUUACUACCCUCCCUGUCUGGAGAUUCAGUGAUGUUAUCUCCUAAUUUUGAGACUGAGGCUGGUGGUAUACUUCCACACAUACACAACAACGUGUGCCUGUGUUAAUGUUGGCAAAGAGUUCAUGCUGCCAAGAGGCCGGCAGAACCAUGAUGGACGGUGUGCGAAUGUCUAUAGAAAACCUACAAGAUUUUUAUUCUAAUUUUGCUUGGCCAAUGUGCAUGCAUUGAUCCAAUGAUCCAGUGUGUCCAGUUGCACAGGAGCCAGGCAGUCUGUAUAUGAUGAGGAGAUGGCACACCUCUCUCCCCGUUGUUUUGACCACAUACUUCUGCUUUGCAGUGUGUGUGUGUGUGUGUGUGUGUGUGUGUGUGUGUGUGUGUGUGUGUGUGUGUGUUUGAAGUACACCACCCAGCCACUUGAUGCCAUAUUGACAAGGCAGCAGGCAGUUAGAAGGAAAGAAACCACCCAGUUCAAGUAGAACUGCAAUCAGCACUAUCAGGCACUUUGCUCAUUUAAAAAAAUCACAGAAACAGAAAAGGUCACUAGGUCUUAGACCUGUAAUAGAGAUGACUCGAUUUAGUUUUUUUGUUGUUUUGUUAUUUUCCCCUCAGUUUAUGUUCCAAGAGUGAGGCCGGAGGAUGUUUAUCAGUCACAUAUCUCCUUCCACAUUCUCCUGAGUCAGUAGAGCUCCUGAAAGGCUGUUCUUCCUCCAAAGCCUUCACUCUGUCCUUCAGGGGGGUAUCAGUGGGGGUAUCAAGAGUCCAUCUGGAGCUCUGGUAGCUCACGAUGAAGUUUAGUUUCUUUCUUCCUGCUCAAAAGCUCUUUCCAUUUGAUGCACUUCUUGUUUCCAGAUGUGUUUUGUGUUUAUGUUUAUGUUUUCUAAGACGUUGAACGUUUACAUCAGAGGAUAUUGUAUAUGUUAUAUUGUAUGUUUGUUUUUCUCCCAUCAGAUUUAUAAUAUGAUGUCAAAGUUUAAAGGGCAUGUACACCACUUUACCAAAUCAGAUGCACAAAAUGCUGAAAUGCUUGUAUGCGUUGCCCUUAAAUGUUAGGUCUGGCAACGUACAUGCUCAGUAUAAAGAGUGAGAAUAGUUACUCAUGUUAUCUUGAAUUGCUUGAACCUUUCUUUUUGUGUUAUGUCAGACAAUGAUAAUCAGGAAACAUAUUUAACUUGCUGGUUCACAGUUGAUGAUUAGAAUUGUGCCUUCAAAAGAAAGAGCAAAGUUCAGCGCAUCAGCAUCUCAACAAAGUUUAUCAAAGAGCUGUUCCUGACUGAAAGUGUUGACUACUGUGGCGUUUGUAAUCUGGUUGAGCAUAUCUCACUAGUAAAAUGAUAGUGUGCAAAUAUUUAGUCCAUUAUUUAGCUGCAUUCAGAUCUGGAUGUGAGAUCGUAAUCACUGGAAGCAGCCUUAGAAAUGUAUUCUUCAUUUGUUCUAUCAUGAAAGUGUGAAAAAAUAGUUUUGUUCAGGCAGAGUUAAUGCCCAGACUCAACAACUCUGACUUUCCCCAGCUAUACUUAUUCAUUUGGUUUUAGUGUCAUCAUUAGGUAUUUGGUGACCACCCCUGGACACUCAAUAACAUCUGCAGCUUUGUGUAAUCAUUUCCUGUUUUUCUGUUAUGGGACCAACACCAAUAUUGUUUAGGGAGCGGCAGAGUGUUUACACAAACUACCUUGCAGAAUUUUCUAUGCAGUCUGUGUGUGUGUGUGGAAUAAAUUGAAAUAUAUAUAGCCUAUAUAUAUUGAUUGACCGAAUGGUACUAAUUUGCUUUUCUAGUUGUGUUUAUUUGUAUUCAUGAAAGUGUCUGUUCAACUUUUGAGAUAUGUGCUUUACAUUUUCAUACUUGAAUAAAAGAAAGUUAUGUUCCCUUCA